GGUUUCGAAAAAACGAUGAAAUGAAAGCUAUGGAUGUUCUGCCAAUUUUAAAGGAAAAAGUUGCAUACCUUUCAGGUGGCAGAGAUAAGCGCGGAGGCCCCAUCCUCACGUUCCCGGCCCGCAGCAAUCAUGACAGAAUACGACAGGAGGACCUCCGGAGGCUCAUUUCCUACCUGGCCUGCAUCCCCAGUGAAGAAGUCUGCAAGCGAGGCUUCACGGUGAUCGUGGACAUGCGCGGGUCCAAGUGGGACUCCAUCAAGCCCCUGCUGAAGAUCCUGCAGGAGUCCUUCCCCUGCUGCAUCCACGUCGCACUGAUCAUCAAGCCGGACAACUUCUGGCAGAAACAGAGGACUAAUUUUGGCAGCUCUAAGUUUGAAUUUGAGACAAACAUGGUCUCUUUAGAAGGCCUUACCAAAGUCGUCGACCCUUCUCAGCUAACUCCCGAGUUUGACGGCUGCUUGGAGUACAACCAUGAGGAAUGGAUUGAAAUCAGAGUUGCUUUUGAAGAUUACAUUAGCAACGCCACCCACAUGCUGUCCCGGCUGGAGGAGCUUCAGGACAUCCUGGCCAAGAAGGAGUUGCCUCAGGAUUUGGAGGGGGCUCGGAACAUGAUCGAGGAGCAUUCCCAGCUGAAGAAGAAGGUGAUUAAGGCCCCCAUCGAGGACUUGGACUUGGAGGGACAGAAGCUGCUCCAGCGGAUCCAGAGCAGCGACAGCUUUCCCAAAAAGAACUCAGGGUCAGGCAACGCAGACCUGCAGAGCCUCUUACCCAAGGUGUCCGCCAUGCUGGACCGGCUGCACUCCACGCGGCAGCAUCUGCAUCAGAUGUGGCACGUGCGGAAGCUGAAGCUGGACCAGUGCUUUCAGCUGCGGCUGUUUGAACAGGAUGCUGAGAAGAUGUUUGACUGGAUCACACACAACAAGGGCCUGUUUCUGAACAGCUACACUGAGAUUGGGACCAGCCACCCUCACGCUAUGGAGCUUCAGACGCAGCACAACCACUUUGCUAUGAACUGUAUGAACGUGUACGUCAACAUAAACCGGAUCAUGUCGGUGGCCAAUCGCUUGGUGGAGUCCGGCCACUACGCCUCUCAGCAGAUCAAGCAGAUCGCCAACCAGCUGGAGCAGGAGUGGAAGGCGUUCGCCGCGGCGCUGGACGAGCGCAGCACCCUGCUGGACAUGUCCUCCAUUUUCCACCAGAAGGCUGAGAAGUACAUGAGCAACGUGGACUCGUGGUGCAAGGCCUGCGGAGAGGUGGACCUGCCCUCGGAGCUGCAGGACCUGGAGGACGCCAUCCACCACCACCAGGGCAUAUACGAGCACAUCACCCUGGCGUAUUCCGAGGUGAGCCAGGAUGGGAAGUCGCUGCUCGACAAGCUCCAGCGGCCCCUGACCCCCGGCAGCUCCGAUUCCCUGACAGCCUCGGCCAACUACUCCAAGGCCGUGCACCACGUGCUCGACGUCAUCCACGAGGUGCUGCACCACCAGCGGCAGCUGGAGAACAUCUGGCAGCACCGCAAGGUGCGGCUCCACCAGCGGCUGCAGCUGUGCGUUUUCCAGCAGGACGUCCAGCAGGUGCUGGACUGGAUCGAGAACCAUGGGGAAGCAUUUCUGAGCAAACAUACAGGUGUGGGGAAAUCUCUCCAUCGGGCCAGAGCUCUGCAGAAACGGCACGAAGAUUUUGAAGAAGUGGCACAGAACACAUACACCAAUGCGGACAAGUUGCUAGAGGCCGCGGAGCAGCUGGCGCAGACGGGGGAAUGUGACCCCGAAGAGAUUUAUCAGGCCGCCCAUCAGCUCGAAGACCGGAUCCAGGACUUUGUUCGGCGUGUUGAGCAACGGAAGAUCCUACUGGACAUGUCAGUGUCCUUUCACACGCACGUGAAAGAGCUGUGGACAUGGCUGGAGGAGCUGCAGAAGGAGCUGCUGGACGACGUGUACGCCGAGUCGGUGGAGGCCGUGCAGGACCUCAUCAAGCGGUUCGGCCAGCAGCAGCAGACGACCCUGCAAGUGACCGUCAACGUGAUCAAGGAAGGGGAGGACCUCAUCCAGCAGCUGAGGGACUCGGCCAUCUCCAACAACAAGACCCCCCACAACAGCUCCAUCAGCCACAUCGAGACGGUGCUGCAGCAGCUGGACGAGGCGCAGGCCCAGAUGGAGGAGCUGUUCCAGGAGCGUAAGAUCAAGCUGGACCUCUUCCUGCAGCUGCGCAUCUUCGAGAGGGACGCCAUCGACAUCAUCUCGGACCUUGAGUCUUGGAAUGAUGAGCUUUCUCAGCAAAUGAAUGACUUUGACACGGAAGACCUCACAAUAGCGGAACAGCGCCUCCAACACCACGCGGACAAAGCCCUGACCAUGAACAACCUGACCUUCGAUGUCAUCCACCAGGGGCAGGACCUCCUGCAGUAUGUCAAUGAAGUGCAGGCGUCUGGCGUGGAGCUGCUUUGCGAUAGAGACGUGGACAUGGCUACGCGGGUCCAGGACUUGUUGGAGUUUCUUCAUGAAAAGCAGCAGGAGCUGGACUUGGCCGCAGAGCAGCAUCGGAAGCACCUGGAGCAGUGUGUGCAGCUGCGCCACCUGCAGGCGGAGGUGAAGCAGGUGCUGGGCUGGAUCCGCAACGGCGAGUCGAUGCUGAACGCGGGGCUCAUCACGGCCAGCUCGCUGCAGGAGGCGGAGCAGCUGCAGCGGGAGCACGAGCAGUUCCAGCACGCCAUCGAGAAAACGCACCAGAGCGCGCUGCAGGUGCAGCAGAAGGCAGAGGCCAUGCUGCAGGCCAACCACUACGACAUGGACAUGAUCCGGGACUGCGCCGAGAAGGUGGCCUCGCACUGGCAGCAGCUCAUGCUCAAGAUGGAAGACCGCCUGAAGCUCGUGAACGCGUCCGUCGCCUUCUACAAAACCUCGGAGCAGGUCUGCAGUGUCCUCGAGAGCCUGGAGCAGGAGUACAAGAGAGAAGAGGACUGGUGUGGAGGAGCUGACAAACUGGGCCCCAAUUCCGAGACGGAUCACGUCACCCCGAUGAUCAGCAAGCACCUUGAACAAAAGGAAGCGUUCCUGAAGGCUUGCACGCUCGCCAGGAGGAAUGCAGACGUCUUCCUGAAGUACCUGCACAGGAACAGCGUGAGCAUGCCGGGCAUGGUGACGCACGUCAAGGCCCCGGAGCAGCAAGUGAAAAAUAUCUUGAAUGAGCUCUUCCAGCGGGAGAACAGGGUAUUGCAUUACUGGACCAUGAGGAAGAGGCGGCUGGACCAGUGCCAGCAGUACGUGGUCUUUGAACGAAGUGCCAAGCAGGCUCUAGAAUGGAUCCAUGACAACGGGGAGUUCUACCUGUCCACGCACACCUCCACGGGCUCGAGCAUCCAGCACACCCAGGAGCUGCUGAAGGAGCACGAGGAGUUCCAGAUAACCGCCAAGCAAACCAAAGAGAGGGUGAAGCUGUUGAUCCAGCUGGCUGACGGCUUUUGUGAAAAGGGCCAUGCCCAUGCGGCAGAGAUAAAGAAAUGUGUCACGGCCGUGGAUAAGCGGUACAGAGACUUCUCUCUGCGGAUGGAGAAGUACAGGACCUCUUUGGAGAAAGCCCUGGGGAUUUCUUCAGAUUCCAACAAAUCGAGCAAGAGCCUUCAGCUGGACAUCAUCCCAGCCAGCAUCCCGGGGUCGGAGGUGAAGCUGCGCGACGCCGCGCACGAGCUUAACGAGGAGAAACGGAAGUCUGCCCGCAGGAAAGAGUUCAUAAUGGCUGAGCUAAUUCAAACUGAAAAGGCUUAUGUCCGGGACCUCCGGGAGUGUAUGGAUACCUACCUGUGGGAAAUGACGAGUGGAGUGGAGGAGAUCCCGCCCGGCAUCGUGAACAAGGAGCUCAUCAUCUUCGGGAACAUGCAGGAGAUCUACGAGUUCCAUAACAACAUAUUCCUGAAGGAGCUGGAAAAAUACGAGCAGUUGCCGGAGGACGUGGGGCAUUGCUUUGUUACUUGGGCAGACAAGUUUCAGAUGUACGUCACUUACUGCAAAAAUAAGCCUGACUCCACUCAGCUGAUAUUAGAGCACGCAGGAUCCUACUUUGAUGAGAUCCAGCAGCGGCACGGGCUAGCCAAUUCCAUCUCCUCCUACCUUAUUAAACCAGUGCAGCGCAUAACCAAGUACCAGCUCCUUCUAAAAGAGCUCCUCACGUGCUGUGAGGAAGGCAAAGGGGAGAUCAAAGACGGCCUGGAGGUGAUGCUCAGUGUGCCCAAGCGAGCCAACGACGCCAUGCACCUCAGCAUGCUGGAAGGGUUUGAUGAAAAUAUUGAGUCUCAGGGAGAACUCAUUCUGCAGGAAUCCUUCCAAGUGUGGGACCCAAAAACCUUAAUUCGAAAGGGUCGAGAACGGCAUCUCUUCCUUUUUGAAAUGUCCUUAGUUUUUAGUAAAGAAGUGAAAGAUUCCAGUGGGAGAAGCAAGUACCUUUAUAAAAGCAAAUUGUUUACCUCAGAGUUGGGUGUCACAGAACAUGUUGAAGGAGAUCCCUGCAAAUUUGCACUGUGGGUCGGGAGGACGCCAACUUCAGAUAAUAAAAUUGUCCUUAAGGCUUCCAGCAUCGAGAACAAGCAGGACUGGAUAAAGCACAUCCGGGAGGUGAUCCAGGAGAGGACCAUCCACCUGAAAGGCGCCCUGAAGGAGCCCAUUCACAUCCCCAAGACAGCCCCGGCCGCGCGGCACAAGGGCAGGCGGGACGGAGAGGAUCUGGACAGCCAAGGCGACGGCAGCAGCCAGCCCGACACAAUCUCGAUCGCCUCCCGGACGUCGCAGAACACACUGGACAGCGAUAAGCUCUCCGGCGGCUGCGAGCUGACGGUGGUGAUCCACGACUUCACCGCCUGCAACAGCACCGAGCUGACCAUCCGCCGCGGCCAGACCGUGGAGGUGCUGGAGCGGCCCCACGACAAGCCCGACUGGUGCCUGGUGCGGACCACCGACCGGUCCCCCGCGGCGGAAGGCCUGGUGCCCUGCGGCUCACUGUGCAUCGCGCACUCACGGAGCAGCAUGGAGAUGGAGGGCAUCUUCAACCACAAAGACUCGCUGUCCGUCUCCAGUAACGAUGCCAGCCCGCCUGCCUCCGUGGCCUCCCUUCAGCCCCACAUGAUGGGGGCCCAGAGCAAGGACUCGGACGACAGCGCGGCCACCCCGCAGGACGAGACCGUGGAAGAGAGAGGCCGGAACGAGGGCCUGAGCAGCGGCACGCUCUCCAAGUCCUCCUCCUCGGGCAUGCAGAGCUGCGGAGAGGAAGAAGGGGAGGAGGGCGCCGACGCCGUGCCCCUGCCCCCGCCCAUGGCCAUCCAGCAGCACAGCCUGCUCCAGCCGGACUCGCAGGACGACAAGGCCUCUUCUCGGUUGUUAGUCCGCCCCACCAGCUCCGAAACGCCGAGUGCAGCCGAGCUUGUCAGUGCAAUUGAGGAACUCGUGAAAAGCAAGAUGGCGCUGGAGGAUCGUCCCAGCUCCCUCCUCGUUGACCAGGGAGACAGCAGCAGCCCCUCCUUCAACCCUUCAGACAACUCGCUUCUCUCCUCCUCCUCGCCCAUCGACGAGAUGGAAGAAAGGAAGUCCAGCUCCCUAAAGAGGCGGCACUACGUUUUGCAAGAAUUAGUGGAGACAGAGCGUGACUACGUGCGGGACCUCGGCUAUGUGGUAGAGGGCUACAUGGCACUUAUGAAAGAAGAUGGUGUUCCUGAUGACAUGAAAGGAAAAGACAAGAUUGUUUUUGGCAACAUCCAUCAGAUUUAUGACUGGCACAGAGACUUUUUUUUAGGGGAGCUGGAGAAGUGCCUUGAAGACCCCGAAAAGCUCGGAUCCCUCUUUGUGAAACAUGAGAGAAGGUUGCACAUGUACAUAGUUUACUGUCAGAAUAAACCGAAGUCUGAGCACAUUGUCUCAGAAUACAUUGACACCUUUUUUGAGGACUUAAAGCAGCGCCUUGGCCAUAGGUUGCAACUCACAGAUUUGUUAAUCAAACCGGUGCAGAGAAUUAUGAAAUACCAGCUGUUACUGAAGGACUUCCUCAAGUACUCCAAGAAAGCCAGCCUGGACACGUCGGAACUGGAGAGAGCCGUGGAGGUCAUGUGCAUCGUGCCGAAGCGGUGCAACGACAUGAUGAACGUCGGGCGGCUGCAGGGAUUCGACGGUAAAAUUGUCGCCCAGGGCAAGCUGCUCCUGCAGGACACGUUCUUGGUCACAGACCAGGACGCAGGGCUCCUGCCUCGCUGCCGAGAGCGGCGGGUGUUCCUCUUCGAGCAGAUCGUCAUCUUCAGCGAGCCGCUGGACAAGAAGAAGGGCUUCUCCACGCCGGGCUUCCUGUUCAAGAACAGCAUCAAGGUGAGUUGCCUUUGCCUGGAGGAAAGUGUGGAAAACGACCCCUGUAAAUUUGCUCUGACGUCGAGGACGGGUGACGUGGUGGAGACCUUCGUUUUGCAUUCAUCCAGUCCAAGUGUCCGGCAGACGUGGAUCCAUGAAAUCAACCAAAUUUUAGAAAACCAGCGCAAUUUUUUAAAUGCCUUGACAUCACCCAUCGAGUAUCAGAGGAACCACAGCGGGGGCACGAGCAGAAGCAGGCCCUCCCGGAUCCCCCAGCCCGUCCGACACCACUCCCCCGUGCUGGUCUCCUCUGCAGCCUCCAGCCAGGCAGAGGCAGACAAGAUGUCAGGUAUGUCCACUCCCGGCCCUUCACUGCCUCCUCCCAGCAGCAGCCUCAGCCUGGAGGCCGGCCCCAGCCAGCCCGGCAGGCUCCCUGCCAGCGGCCCGGCUGAAGGUCCUGAGAGAGAGGAGGAGCAGAUCCCCAAGAUGAAGGUGAUCGAGAGCCCCAGGAAGUCGGCCGGGAGCGCUGCAGGGGCCAGCCAGGACGGAAAUGCCAAGGAGGCCAAGGAGGCGCGGGCCCACCCGGAGGACGGCCGCUCGCGGAGCAGUAACUCUCCUCUCGCCACCGCCACCGUGUUCCCUUCUCCGCUGGGCAAGGAGCCCUUCCCGCCCAGCAGCCCCCUGCAGAAGGGGGGCUCCUUCUGGAGCUCCAUCCCCACCUCCCCCGCCAGCCGGCCGGGCUCCUUCACCUUCCCGGGGGACAGUGACUCCCUCCAGCGGCAGGCGCACCGCCACUCGGCCCCCGGCAAAGACACGGACCGCAUGAGCACGUGCUCCUCGGCCAGCGAGCAGUCCGUGCAGUCCACCCAGAGCAAUGGGAGUGAAAGCAGCAGCAGUAGCAACAUCUCCACCAUGUUGGUGACACACGAUUACACGGCAGUGAAGGAGGAUGAGAUCAACGUCUAUCAAGGCGAGGUCGUUCAGAUUCUGGCCAGCAACCAGCAGAACAUGUUUCUGGUGUUCCGCGCCGCCACCGACCAGUGCCCCGCCGCCGAGGGCUGGAUUCCGGGCGUCGUCCUGGGCCACACCAGCGCAGUCAUCAUGGAGAGCCCCGACGGGACCCUCAAGAAGUCAACAUCUUGGCACACAGCACUCCGUUUAAGAAAAAAAUCUGAGAAAAAAGAUAAAGACGGCAAACGGGAAGGCAAGUUAGAGAACGGUUAUCGGAAGUCACGGGAAGGACUCGGCAACAAGGUAUCUGUGAAGCUUCUCAGUCCCAACUACAUUUAUGACGUUCCCCCAGAAUUCGUCAUUCCCUUGAGUGAGGUCACGUGUGAGGCAGGGGAGACCGUUGUUCUCAGAUGUCGCGUUUGUGGACGCCCAAAGGCCUCUAUCACCUGGAAGGGCCCUGAGCACAACACCUUGAACAACGACGGCCACUACAGCAUCUCCUACAGUGACUUGGGAGAGGCCUCUCUGAAGAUCGUGGGCGUGACCACCGACGACGACGGCAUCUACACGUGCAUCGCUGUGAACGACAUGGGAUCGGCCUCCUGCUCGGCCAGCCUGAGGGUUCUAGGUCCAGGGAGCGACGGGAUCCUGGUGACCUGGAAGGACAACUUCGACUCCUUCUACAGCGAAGUGGCCGAGCUGGGCAGGGGCAGAUUCUCUGUCGUUAAGAAAUGUGAUCAGAAAGGAACCAAGCAAACAGUGGCCACCAAGUUUGUGAACAAGAAACUGAUGAAGCGCGACCAGGUCACCCACGAGCUCGGCGUCCUGCGGAACGUCCAGCACCCGCUCCUCGUCAGCCUCCUCGACACCUUCGAGACCCCCACCAGCUACGUCCUGGUUUUGGAAAUGGCUGACCAGGGGCGACUCCUGGACUGCGUGGUGCGAUGGGGAAACCUCACCGAAGUGAAGAUCAGGGCGUACCUGGGGGAGGUGCUGGAGGCCGUCCGAUACCUUCACAACUGCAGGAUCGCACACCUGGACCUCAAGCCCGAAAACAUCCUGGUGGGUCAGAGUGCAGCCACGCCGACGAUUAAACUGGCCGACUUUGGAGAUGCCGUCCAGCUCAAUACCACCUACUACAUCCACCCGUUACUGGGGAACCCCGAGUUCGCAGCCCCCGAAAUCAUCCUGGGGAACCCGGUCUCCCUGACCUCGGACACGUGGAGCGUCGGAGUGCUCACCUACGUCCUUCUCAGCGGCGUGUCCCCCUUCCUGGACGACAGCGUGGAAGAGACCUGCCUGAACAUUUGCCGACUAGACUUUAGUUUCCCAGAUGACUACUUUAAAGGAGUGAGCCAGAAGGCCAAGGACUUCGUGUGCUUCCUCCUGCAGGAGGACCCCGCCAGGCGUCCCUCGGCUGCGCUGGCCCUGCAGGAGCAGUGGCUGCAGGCGGGCCAUGGCCACGGCCACGGCAAAGGCACGGGCGUCCUCGACACGUCCAGACUGACCUCCUUCAUUGAGCGGCGCAAACACCAGAACGACGUUCGACCUAUCCGUAGCGUUAAAAACUUCCUGCAGAGCAGGCUUCUGCCUCGGGUUUGACCUGUCUUGAAGUUCUUUCUCAUUCUCUUUCACCUGCCAAUCAGCUGUUAAUUUGAAUUUCGGAGAGAAACACGAGCCAACAUGACUGCUCCGCUGCCGUAGUGCACCGUGUGGAGCCCGCACUCCGAGCGAGCUGGCUCGGGCGGGCGGCUGCCAGCCUGCUGGGUGGAGGACCUUCUCUCACUCUGAGAGCCGAGACAGCAUUGCUGUGUCACAGUCUUUUAUUCAGGUUUCUGCAAAAAAUAAAAAAAGAAACUUUUUUAAACGAACACACAUAGAAUUUUGCAAAUUUAACAUUUUACAAGACUCAUUCAAGGAAACGAAAUGCCUAUGUUCAACCACUGGUGUUAACGAACAAAACAGAGACACUCCGCCUCCGGGGAAGACGCACCCCAGCGGCGGCCGUCCCUGCACCUGCUGCGGGGCUUGGCGCCCACCCGGCUCCGAGCUUCCCAGCCACCUGGUCUGUGUGCGUCUCUCAGGGACGCCAGACUGGGCUUCUGAAAUGUGCAUUCAACCUCAAUCUUUUGCAUAAAAAUAGAAUGAAUUGUUUUGCUCUGAUGAAAUGUAGGCCUUACUUGUAUAUAAGACUGGUCCUGCCUUCAGUCUGUCCCCCCGGCCUUUCUCCCACUCCUGCCUGGGCUUCCUCUGGGGGCCAGAAGGUUCUGCCCAUCCACUGAGGACAUCAGGUUGGGCCCUACCCCAUUGCCCCGCCCCCAAGCCGUCAAUCAGAUUGUUGAGCAGUAUACAGUCAGAUGAAAAUACUGUAAAUGCACUCAUUGGGGGUUUUUUGGUUUUAUUUCAUAUCAUGUGCAAUGUUGUGGCUUUAACAUUUUAUGCAACUAUUUAUGAAGACCUCUGUUGUACCUGUAAUAAAUAUAUAGAAAAAGCACAUACUUCGUACGGUGAGCUUUAUGGUUUUGUGCGUGUGUCGGGUGGGGCGGGGGGGAGGGGGGGUCGCAGCCCUGUGCCAUCCGUUCAGGAGACUUGACUCUUCGUGAAACUUGUCAGUUUUGAGGACUGUAAAAAGUGAUUUCAUACUCUGAAUAUAAAACUGGAUAAUAGGGUAAUGUUUUAAAAUGUAUUAUGCUAUUAUUCAGAAUGCCAAAGUAUUAUUUUUUUCCCCAAAAUCAGUCUGGACAUUUACUACUUUUUAGACUUUUUGACAUUCAACUUUCUGUACACAAAUUGGCUGGACGGGGAGCUUUUGGUAAGAAAUACAAGCCAAUUAAGCCCUCACAGCCUUGAGCUGGCGCCCCCUGCCUGUCAUUGGGCGGAGUUAGCGCUGGUGUGGGGAGGCCUUCAACAAAAGAUGCUGGGGUUCUGGGCACGCUUGAAUUUUUCUGGAUGUCUUUUUAUCUUUGUUGUGUGAAAUACACUAAAACAGAGGCCAGCCUGCUUCCCGAGCCAGCCAGACACCUGGGUCUUGAGCCAUAAAGUGGCGUAGCUAAGCUUUGCAGCUUCCAAUAUAUUUUAUUUAUUCUUUUGGGUUUUGUUUCUUGUAAAAUUGUACAGAAACUUUUUAAAAUAAAUUGGAUUCAGAACUGGAUGUGUAUUCGUAACCUCACAACUUUUGUUUGUGUAUUGUUUCUUCUAUUAUUUCAGUUAAAUUUUUACAUUAUUUUGCAUGUAUAUUUCUUUGUACAGAGACCUUACAUGUUUACACAGUAUGAUGUGAUGUAAAUAUUUUAUUUUGCCAUCAGUUAUUUUAAAAAAUUAAACAUAUUUGCCUGAG